AUGUCUCGUGACUCACUCAACAUUGAUGUCUACCAUAAAGGUGUUUUUUCUCCUAAUCCUUUUGUUUACUUCUAUCCUCAUAAAGUACCUGUUAUGGGGCUAGAUGUAUGUAACAUGGAUUUCAUGGAGUUCAAGACCUAUCUCCAAAAAUUGAUCAACAAUAGAUGUCGGGAUAUGUAUUACUGUCUUAAGAAUCAGUCCCUCGUAGAUGGGUUAAGGGAGCUCAGGGAUGAAGAUGAUUAUGUUAGGUUCCUUGAUGUUGGGUUUGAUGAUGAUGAUAAUCAAAUCAGUAUCUACAUUGAUGACUAUCAUGAACCCUUACUGGAUUGGAUUGAAGAAGAAAAGCUGAAGAAUGGGACAGUGGUACUGAAACAUAUGAAGAUGAUGUGGACUCGGUAUUGUCGGAUGAUCUAUCGGUGGACCAUGAAGCUGAUGAUGAGGACAUUCAAUGGCCUGAAGUUGUUGAUCCUUUUUUUGUCACAGAAGAAUCUUAUUCCAGAAAGAGGCAUAGAGGAAGAAGCUAGUGAUAAGGUAAAAAAACAUCCUAUUCAUGAUCCAAACCAAAAAUGGGACACUAUGAUGCCUGAGUUAGGUAUGAAAUUCUCUGAUCGAGAUGACCUGAAACAUAUGUUAACAAAUUAUGCUGUGUCUAAGGGUUAUUCAUUGUGGUAUGAAAAAAAUGAGGCAACAACAUUGUUGGUAAGGUGCAGUAAAAAUGAGAAAGGGAAGCCAUCUUGCCCUUUUAGACUAUGGGGUAGUCCCAUGAACAAGGAAAAUUCAUUCCAGAUCAAUUCACUAAUUGAUAAACAUAAUUGUGCUAGACAACAAAUAUUAGGUUGUCUUGUUACGUAUAAGUGGAUUGGAAAAAUGUUAAUAGCAGACAUUUUGGAAAGGCCUAAGUUUAGCUAUAGGAAAAUGGAAGAAGUUGUUAGGAAAGACUAUGGUCUGAAGGUAAGUCUUGGGCAGUGUAGAAAUGCCAAGUACUUUGCACUAGAUGAGAUUUCAGGCAAUUUGGGUAUUUGCAGAGGUGAGUUGUUAACAGCCGUUGGUAGGGAUGCAAACAACCAAAUGUACCCUCUAGCAUGGGCUGUUGUGCCAGUUGAAAACAAGGAAACUUGGAUGUGGUUCAUUGAUCUUCUACUUGAGGACAUUGAUACCCUUCAAAGUGUGAUGUAG